UGCUCAGAUUUACAGGCUUCUAAUUACAGCCACCUGGACAAAGGGUGGAUAUGGACUAAUAAUUGUUCAAAGACAAACUUUUGGCGGGUCUUUUGUAGUUUUUCCGAAUUCAAAAUAUGCCAAUGAUUAAUGUUGUGUGUGUGCAGCUUUCCUCACAUCUCCCCGUGGUAUCUCACGCCCGCUACGAUAGCGAAUUACACACUGGAUUGAAUUUUUCUCAUAGCUGCGUCGUUUGGCAUUGGAUUGAGUAGUACAACGACAAUACAAACAGAACUAGUCAUUCGCAGAAUAACAUGAGGACAUUUUACAUCACUGUAAAAGAGGUCUAAAAGGACUUAUCUUCUCAUGUGGAAUCUUUGGACCAGGACUAAGCACACAUCUUUCAUUGUCAACGUCACCAAAGGUCAGGACGAUAAGCCGGAUAUUGGGGCUGAGCUGAAGGAACACGAGCAAAAGGAGGAGACACAGGGAAGCGUGAUCACAGAGAAUAAAGGGUACAAUGUGGCCUUUUCUGUAACUUUGGGAUAUAGUGGUUACUAUGGACCCUUCAGCAUGCCCACUGCUUUGGUCUACAGGGACAUCAUCACUAACGUUGGCAAUUCCUACAACCCAUCAAAUGGUUUCUUCACAGCACCGGUGAGGGGUGUGUACUUCUUCACUAUCAGGAUGUUUGCAAUUUUGAACCAAGGAGGUUAUGUGAGAGCUUCUCUUAACCACAAUGGCGUUACGAAGAUGGUGGCAGAAAAAUAUCAACCUGCUACAUUGAUUGAGCAAUACACAGAUAAUUCUGUUACUCUGCUGCUAGAGAAAAGUGACACCAUCAUUGUUAAUCUCGAUGCAGGAAAAAUCUAUGAUGAUAAGGAGAAGAGAAAUGCCUUCACUGGUUUUUUGCUUUUCCCCAUGUGA